UCAAAUGCCAUUUUCAGUCACCAAACUCUCUCAAAAACCUCCAAAACAAAAUUGAUUCAUUUCUACUCCAUCAUCAAACCAAGGGCAAAACAUUACAUGAAAAUCCCUCUUCUCAUUCAAUGAAAUCAACCGCCAAGAAUGCACCAUUUGCAAAAAUCAAGAAUUUGGGAUUCUUGAUUUUGUAGAAAUGGUUAUGGAAAUAAUCAUAUCUGUGUUGUUACUAGUUGUUGGGAUAGCUUUUUUGGUAGUCAUUCAUGUUUGUGUUGUGGGGAGGGCUUUUAGGGGUGAUCUGAUGGCCGGGAGCCCCUCUGAGCUGCCUCGGAUCGAUAGGAUCCCGAGCAUGAAUCCGGAGGAGAUCAAGAAGCUGGCAUGCUUCGAUUAUGCAGUGGAGGAGAAAGGGAUGAGGGAUGUGGAGUGUGCAGUUUGCUUGGAGAUUUUCAGAGUUGGUGAAAGAUGCAGGAUUUUGCCUAAAUGCAAUCACAGUUUUCAUGCUCAUUGCAUAGAUUCUUGGCUGUUGAAGACUGCUGCUUGCCCAAUAUGUAGAGCUGCUGUGAAUUCUCAACAAAAUGGACUAGAAUUGGUGUAGUCAUGAUUCAUUUAUUUCUUGUUUUCAUUCUUCAUUUGGUAUGCACAAACAGGGAAUCUUGUUUCUGGAAUCUGGAAAUCAUUUUUAAAGUUGAUCUUGUCUUGUGGCA